AACGUAACACAUCGCAUCGCUUACGAAGGCUGAACGAAAAAAGCUCAGAUAAUGCGCACAUAAGUCAGCAAAGCUUUUUUCCUAGUCUUUUUAAGGCUUUACUGGUGUCGGUUGAUGUUCGUGACUCGUCGUGACAGAACAGAAAGUAGAAAAUUAUCAUAAAUCUCAUCUAGAGUUCUGUUUUGAUUCCCGCGUUGCGAUACUAUCUGCCCAGUGCGAUAUACAAGUCAACUGUGAAGCGAUACGGUGUAAAUCAGUAGUUGUGUACCAUCUAACUAUUAUACUGUGCGUGUGUAUGUAUGCAUACACCAAAAUGUGUACACAUACAUAUGCCUGCAUGUACACACGAAAUUGAAAUUAUGCAAAAUGUGCAAUAUACUAACUAACCAAGUUAAGGAGCAAAGCUUCAAACGCGGUAUCGAUGGAAAUUUAAUUGUUACGCACUGUAUGUGCGAAUUCCUCUGUACUGUGUCUAAACCGUCGAGCGAAACGCUUGCUUAUAGCGCAUCUGGAACUUAACACAUCUCAAAUUAAUUUGUCUGAAUUUAAAAAGUUCGAAAUAGCAUAUGAAUAAUUAUUUCUGAUAAGGGUGAUUAUACAAACGAUAGCUCUCGACCAAAGUUUUUCUCCUAAAAUGGACGUUAAAUAAAUAGGAGAUGCAAGUGGAAAGUGAAAACAUCCCACUAAUAAGUAGUUCCUUCACUCACGCGCCUUUUGUAUCUUCUUUAGUCGUAGGCAUAUUUUCAAUCAACAUUUUUCGAACUUUAAACUUUGCACUGACUGAUCAAGUAAUACUAAAGAAGACGAGGAAACUUGUUAUCUCUGUAAUGUCAUCAAAGGUGGAUGUUAUCUUGUCACCAGAUGGAUCAGUGCCGAUAUUGAUGCCAUCAUCACACUACCCAACUCAUUCGGAAAGUGGUAACAAUGAAUCAGAAAAGUAUGAUUCUGGGCUUCCAUGUAAUAACAAAUGUCAAAAGUUGUCUGUCCUUAGUCUGAACUGUAGCCAGAGAAAUAAAGUGAAUAAUCCAAUCGAUGAAACAGAUUUAGCUCCGAAUGCGAGAAUGUCUGAAAACAAAAGAGAUGAUUUUACUAAGAUGGAAAAGCAACUUCCGAGCAACUCCAACAGUUUCAUUGAGAGGACAUUAUGUGUAGACCACUCGGAGAAAAAAAAUACAACAAAGUUAGAGUCUUUCGAUAACGAUUGCUAUAUGCCUCCGGAGCAGGCACUGGUUACUAACGUGGAGCUAGUAGUUUCAGCCUCUCAGGCCUCUUCGUCAAGCAUACUGGUCGGUCAGGGCCAAGAUCAAAGCUCCAUUGGAGAAAAAUCAACGGCAUCGUCAUCUACAACUGAUAACAAACUGAAGUUGAGUACGCCUGGCCUGUGUAACUCUAGUAGUUGUACAAGUGUAUUAGCGAACGAUGGUUGUGCAAAUAACUCUUCCAAUUUGAACUUAAGAAUUCCUACUAAGCUAGCAGUAACGGCAGCAACGGGUGAUAUUUUAUUGGACGAUCGAAGCACUUCUUUGUGGACACCUCACCAUGAUCAGACUGAAGAAAGGCAUCAGCAUAUAGAGUUAGCGACAAGCGAGAAUAAGCAAGAUCCUGUGAAUGUAAGCUCAGAACUGUCAUAUCAGCAUCAGCAUCGGCAGUCGGAACUUUUGCUUCAAAUCGAAAAGGAGAGCUCUGAUACGGGUUCAUUUCCACAGGCGAUUUCAAUUCCAUUGCACCAUGACCAUAAUAAUUCUCCGCAGGAGCAAUAUGGCCAAACAGAACCGACUUCUAUCAUGGAUAGUCAGUUGCAUAAUAAUUUUUAUACACAAAUGAUGCAGCAGCAGCACCUUCAUCAAAAUUCUGACUUACAGAACAUACAUGAACAUAGUCCUCGACAUCAGCAGCUCAUGAACUAUACCAGCUAUAUUCCUCAUUACCAGAAUUCCGCGUUGUUUGGUACCCAUCAAAGUGAUCUGCAACGUCAGCAGCAAUCCCUUCAACAUCCUAUGGAGUGCCAUGGACAUUUACAUCAGUUGGCACAUAUUACCCAAGAACACCAACAUCAUUUGCAGCAUGAACAGCAGCAAAUUCAUCAGCGCCAACAUCAACCGACACAGCAACAACAGCAAUUGCACGAAACUUACCAUGAUCUUAUUAUGGAUGAAUACCACGAGGAGCCCAGCCCAGCCUUUAAACUAGCACUUUCUCCAAGCAACACAAAACCUGAGAAUCAAGAUGAUGGUUACGAGACUAGUGCAGGUGACGUUUUAACCCCAAAUUCCCAUAGCUCGUCUACACACUCUGUUACACCUCAGCAUCAAAUGCAACAUCCCAAUAUGGUUAUGCCGCAAAACCAGAAAAAGCCUGAUGAUCUGCUCUUGACAAAGAACUCAACUGCAUGUGCAUCUAACGGAAAUCAAGGACCAUCCCUUCAGACCCAUAUUGAUAUGAGCGUUGGCACUAGAUGUUCAAGUCACGCCUCUGUUGUUGAUGGCUAUAGUUAUAUUAAUGAAGAGAUAAGGAUGCAUUCGCCAACACAUCAAGUUAUGGAGACUGUCAAUCCUGAGGCUGUGCGGUAUGCGACGGCGUCAGUUGCAAUGGCAGUGCCAAAUGGAAAUCCGGAAGUCGUAAGCGAGGAUAUAUACCAACACACUCAUCAGAUUACAAGUAUUCAGGAACAAACUGAUAACUCUCAUCGCGGCUUAAAUUCUAAACCAACGCCAAAAAAAAGAGGGCGUAAAAAAAAGGUGGUUUCUGACAGUACAGAUGCCAAACAGAUGUCAACAUCAGCAAUUCACCAGGACAUUUCUGGCGGCACUCUCGUCGGCGAAGAUGGUAGUGAUCUAAACCAAGCAAUAAAGCCCAAGGAGCGCAAAAAGCAUGAUAGAUUCAAUGGAAUGUCGGAGGAGGAAGUAAUUAAACGGACAAUUCCUGAUCAUCUUUGUGAUAAUCUUGAUAUCGUUAUAGUCGGAAUAAAUCCUGGAUUGUUUGCAGCAUUUAAGGGUCACCACUACGCAGGACCAGGCAACCACUUCUGGAAAUGCCUUUACUUGGCGGGCCUAACUGUGGAACAGAUGAGCGCCGAUGAAGAUUACAAACUGCUAAAGCAAGGAAUCGGAUUUACCAACAUGGUGGCCCGAGCCACCAAAGGAUCAGCUGACCUAACAAGAAAGGAAAUAAAGGAGGGUAGUCGCAUUUUGCUGGAAAAGCUGCAGAGGUUUAGACCAAAGAUUGCCGUUUUCAAUGGUAAACUUAUUUUCGAGGUGUUUUCGGGAAAAAAAGAAUUCCACUUUGGUCGCCAGCCGGAUCGCGUCGAAGGCACUGACACAUACAUUUGGGUGAUGCCAUCAUCAUCAGCACGAUGCGCUCAGUUGCCACGCGCUGCUGACAAAGUUCCGUUUUAUGCGGCCCUAAAAAAGUUUCGAGACUUUCUGAACGGGGACAUAACGCACAUCGCUGAGUCAGAGUGUGUGUUUACAGAUCAGCGGAUCCGGCAGUCUAGCGAGCAGCAACAUGCGGAAACCAGUGGUAAAGAGAAGCAAAAUGAUAAAAAUUCCCUUACAGAUCAUCAAGCGGGUCUAGCUUUGGUGGAACACUGUAGUGGUUCUAGUGCAAGGGCUGUGGAGUGUGGCAAUGCUCUCGAAGAGUCAGAACAGGUAAAAUCUGACAAAUUGCUUCCCAGUAUGGUGUCCAAUGUAUCAUCUUGUAAUAAUAGAGGAUCAUUUUCCUAUUCAGGAGAUGAAAGAUCAUUGCUACCAGUAUCUAAUAACAAUCUCCCCCCAAGUGAAAGCACUUACUUAUCUGUGUUUGGUUCGCAGCUAUCCCAAACACAACAUCCACUAGAAAAAAAAAAAAGGGGACGCCCAAAGAAGAUAAAAGGACAAGAGAUUAUUGAUCAUAAUGUGGCCGGAAAAAUGGGCGCACAACAUAUGCCCCAUCACGAUUUUAACAAUAUUCUUAACCUCUCAGUGGUCCCCAGCGGUGGCAACAUCGAAACCCCCAAAAAAAAAAGAGGAAGACCAAAAAAACUGAAACCAGCUAUUGACAACGUAAUGACAGUCAAACAGCUUCAGCACGGAAACGCCAACCCAAACACUGCAGCAGGAUUGUUGGUAAGCUCAAUGCAUCCCCUCUCCAUGGAGCAAAUAGCAGCAUCCCCCCAGAGCAGUCAUCAAAUGCCGCCUAGUCUGUACAAUACCCCACCACCUUCGCACCUUUUGUAUACGGCAUCGGCAUCACCGAUGGCGUCCCCCGCUCUUAAUUGCAAUUAUACUCAAUUGCACGGCCAUGGAACACCACCGGUAGGGCAAGCGAAUUCCGUCGCACAGGGAACGACGCCCAUAAUUGAUCCGCAAAACGAGCAACUAGUUUCUCAGAAACAGAAUCAGCAUGGAAACCUGAAAACUGCACUAGACAUGCGGGAUGAACCGCACUUGGGUGAAACGCCCCCCCCAAGCUCACCAAAUAUUUGUACAGCUGUCGAUUUCGACCCACCCAAUGACGACUCCCAGGUGGUUUCAGCGGAUCAUAAUAAAGCAGUUGAGUUGGGCCAAAGGCAACCGCUUAUAGCACAAAAGAACCAGUAUGAUAGCCCCGUACAUGAUACCGAAGCGAACGCAGGUCAGUCUCACGAACAAUACCAACAUUGGCUUUCUCCUCACCCUCACCAAAGUCAUCAACCAACACAAAAAGUGACACAUCAGCAGUUUCAGCAUUCUAUGCAACAUUUCCAUCAGGAGCAUUCGGAAAACUGGCAGCGAUAUGAAGAACAGAAUUCAAAUCCCUAUAGGUUGAUUACUGCCCAUCAUCAACAUUUGAGUCCACGACUCGGAAAUCAAACCCAUCAUAAUUCCUGUCAAUCAGGACACAUUGGCUCUGACGUUGCGCGCAAAAGCUUGUGCGGCCUUGAAUCACUGGUUGACCAAAUACCAGCAAUUAAAGAGCAUGAGUGCGGCAAUAAUAUACCAUCGGUUACAGCAACGGCGGCAGCAGCUGCUGUUGAAAGUCGUCUUUUAGGCUUGCAGCAACAUCAACAUCACCAACAGCAAGAACAGUCUCAGCAACAACAGCAGCAGCAACCAAAACGUUGUAAUCAAGAGAGUCCUGCACAGGCAGAAUCAUUUAGACUAACAAGGGAGAAUAACAAUUUCUCGGUAAGCAGUCUAGCUGCAUCCGCUUUGAUUGCAAGGGCUGAUAACGAAGCAAUGUAUGGCGGAGAAACACGUGGCCACCAUGAAAGUAACAAUAGUAACGGCAAUAAUUGUAGCAAUAGCAAUGAUUAUCCCAUUCAUAACCCAUCCGGUUAUCAUCAUCAGGCCCCGCAGUUAAUUGGAAGCCCGCUAGGGCCGAGUAUUUCCCAUCCGCCUGCACCUUCUCAAUCACAUCCGCAUCCAAUGUAUAUGGACCAAACGCACCAUAUGGCCCAUAUCUCAUCAGUAAAUGUGAAUGCAAUGUAUGGUCCAUCUGCAUAUGGAACACAUCCACAACAUAAUACAGGAGAAUAUGCAGUAACCCAUAGUCUCUAUAGUCUAGGAAGUACCGUUCAAUCUACUGGGCCAACUAACUCAACUUUACAUGUACCGAGUCCAAAUUAUCCGUUUGGUCAUCACCCAUAUAGUCACGCUCCGCCCCAAGCAAAUUACCCAAGCUAUACUCACACUCAUACUCACCAUCAUUCGCAUCAUAGUCAACCAUCACAUCAUUUGAGUGUAUUUGACCACCUAAAGCCGUCCGACAUAAGUGGGUACGGCGGUUUUUGAUUAAAAUAACACUCAGAGAAUCUUAAGCAACAAGUACCGAAAUUGUAACUUAAAAAAUCCGAAUACAGCGACUUGAUGUGAAUUUAAACCUUUUACGAUUUUGCGUCCCGCCGCAUCACAGCAAUAUUUAUCAAUCUGCGGCUUUGCCGAUCCUACACUAAGAAACUUUUAGAUAUUAUAUAUACAAUAAGAUAACCAAAGACUCCGCCUAACAUAAACAUGUAAGCGUUACUUUCUUAAAUAACAAAUAUAUCAUAUGAUGUUUACUUCAAUUAUAUACGUAACAUGCAGGAAACAAUUAUUCCCAAAAAUUGUUUGUACUUAAUACGAAUUCAUUUAAACUUAUAUUUUUAUUUACAUAUAAUACAGCAUAACUUACUAGUAAAUAAUAAAUUAAUAAUAAGAUUUAUUAAUCUUCAAAGCAAUAUCGAACACAAAAGCAGGAUUGAAUUUGUAAUUCACAAGCACUAUAUUUUAAAGAUGUAAACUAUAUAAAUAUAUUUCAAGUUAUUAAUUAGACUUCAUUAAAUAUUUAUGUAUAGAUUGAAGCCCAAAAAAAUGUCGUGACAUGACUAUAAGAGAAUUCUAAAGUACAUGGAUAAUGAAUUUUUUAUAAAUAUUAACAAUUUGUAUUAUAUUUUUCCUAAUUUUCCGCUUAUCACAAAACUUUAAUUUUAAUAUUUACAAAUCAUUAGAUUCAUAUGAUUUAAUGAUUUUACUGAUUAUGGUAUUGAGUUGCAGAUUAAAAGUCGCUAAUCCGUAAUACGUUUUUAUAAGGCAUUGGGCGUAAACUAAAAAUAAAGAAUUAAGAAAUUAGUAUUGAUUUUAAACUGCCAAAAAAGAUAAAAAUUUAAACGAAAUUGGCUGCACUAACCCAUAUAAUAUAUUUUCGUUGCUUAGUAGCAGACAUAUGCUGAUAUCAGUGCAAUUUUUCAAUAAGUCGUUUCAUGAUAUUUUUAUGUGCUUUGACUAUAAAUACUUUUUUCGAGCUUUCCACUGAAUGACACUACUUAGCAUCAGUGCUCUCUCCAGAUUUAAAAGGUUUGCAUGUGCACAGGGUAUGUGUAAUUUUUUAAAAUUUAAUUUUUUAACAAUUUUGGUACUUUUGAACGAUUUGUGGCGUUAAAGUGGUCAUAACCGGCUAUAAAAUAAUCUAAAGCUACGUAGGCAUUCCUAGAAUGCACUGUUUAUCUCAUUCUAGUCCUAUGGACGGAUGGACUUAAUUAUAAUUGGAAUCUGCACUAGUUAUAUUGUAGUUUCCGGAAUUUCUUGGCAGUGACCCUUCGCGAAUGAAGUGGUGGCUUUGUGCCAAUAUGAAAUAAAAACAAAAAGAAAAUUACAAUUUAAUUUAAUUGGUGUGCAAUAUCCACUUUCCAUAUAUUUUGUUUUACAAUAUAACGAAAUAAGGAUAAGGUUGGGUGCGGAAUCGCUGUUGUACUUUAAAAACACACAUCGAUAUAAAACAUAGAGUCUAACUUAUUUAAAUACAUUAAAAUAUAAAACUAAUGUAAAUUUAAAUGUUCACUAUUUAGUAAAAUAAGAUUUAUUAAUUUUUGACACUGAAAGAAUUCUUGUGCAUAUUAUAACAAAAAAAAAAACAAUUUAAUUUUAAUUUAUUGUAACUCAUUUAAGUUUGUGGAUAUAAAGUUAUAAAAAUAAUAGCAAGUUUUAAUUAAUAAUUUAAUAUAAAGGCAAUUCCGAGAAGUGCAAUCAAUAAACGAAUAUUAAAAGUCUAA